AUGGCCUGUGUUCUCUCCUCCGUUUCCUCCUCCUUCGGCAAGGCCGUCAAGGCUAUCAAGUCCCUUGACGUCCAGCAUGGCAGGCCAGUCAGUGAGAUCACCGACCCCCGUAAGACCAUCGUGCCGAUAGCGAUUGCGUCGCUGCUGUUCUUCGCUUGGGGCCUGACUUACGGCCUCCUUGACGUGAUGAAUUACCACGUCCGUAUUGCGAUGGCGGCUCGCCGCGACGAGGGCGCACUGCUAGCCCUCGGGUACUACAUGGCCUACCUCGUUGGGCCCACGAUCUUCGCUGGGCCCCUCAUCAAGCACGCCGGCUACCGCCUCUGCAUGUUCCUCGGUCUUUUCACAGUUGGCCUGGGCUGCAUGUUCAUGUCUCUCGGUGCCGACGGCUGCACCCUGGGCGGCAUGACGGGCGGCCACUUCGUCAUCGGCAUCGGCGUUUCGAUGCUGGAGCGCAGUGCCAACGCCUACGCCGUCAACUGCGGUCCUCGCCAGCAUGCCACUCUGCGCAUCCUCGUUGCACAGGCCAUGGCUGGCGUGGGCACCGUCGUUGCGCCUUUCCUUGCGGCCGCCUUUGUCUUCUCGCCCGACAGCAGCAACGUUGUGCCGGCGCCCGACCCCUUCACGCCGGGCAAAUGCCUACCUCCCGUGGACAAGACCGGCAGCUGCGCCGAGCUCGGUAGUGUCAUCACCUUCUACCGUGGAAUAGGCGCCAUCGUUCUCGGAGUCUCUUUGGUGUUGGCUACCCUCUUCUUCCGCACGCGUCUCGUCCCCGAAGUCGCGGUUCUCAAGUCGCCCAGGACAACGUGCGGCUGGAAGCUCUGGCGGCAUCCCCUGGUCAGCGUCAAGCACAGCCGCGUGUGGUGGGGUGUGGUCGCCAACUUCGUCAAUCUCGGCCUGCAGGUUGCGUUCGCACAAUUCUUUAUGGAGCAUAUGAAGAUCAACGCCUGUGCCUCCGACCGCUGGGCCGCCAACUGGAUGAGCGUGGCACAGGCGGCCUUUGUCGCGGGACGCUUCUCUGCUGCGGCCGCCGUGGUCUUCCCCAAGAUCUUUCGGCCACGGUACGUCCUGCUCGCCUUCCUGGCUGGCGCUGUGGCGUUCACCGGCGCUAGUGUGGUGGUUACAGGCAGCACUGCCAUCGCCAUGGCUGUCAUGGUCAUGUUUGCUGAGGCGCCGUCGUUCCCCAUGAUCUUCGAGAGCGCCACCGCUGGUUUUGAGGAGUGGACGCCCACAUGCGAGACGCUCAUGAUCGUCAGCAUUUCCGGAGGAGGCAUCCUGCCCGUCAUCAUGGGCAAGCUGACGGACAUGGUGGGCAUCAGCAUGGCGUGGACCUUGGUGUCGGCGUGCUUCGCGUUUGUGCUGACCUACCCCGUCGCACUAUGUGUCCUGCCUUCGUAUCGCAAGGCACUGGAUCAGGCUGAUGGUUGUGGAGGGCGGGGCAGCGAUGAGGAGAUCACCUCAGCGGAGCCUGGGAAGGCCACGGCGAUGCAUCGCUUGUGA